AAGUAAUAAGAAAGUUAGAAUCUGUAAACGUUGUGGUCGUGAAUGCUCAACACCUCAAAAACUUCGUGAUCAUUUUAAGCAAAAAAAUCUAUGCAAACCAUUACAAGAAGCUAACCAACAACUCAUUGAAGAGGAUAUUCAAAAACCUGUUCAAGUGGCUAUCCAAGAACCUAUUCAAAAAAAUAGAGACUAUAUUAGCCAGGAGGAGGCAGACAAAUGGGUUAGCCCAAAUGCCCAAAAACCUGGUGAACAUUUUAGAACAUGGGGAACACGACUACAAAAAAGAUAG